AUGGGAGGCGCUAGCAGCUACAUCGCGAUGUUGAGCAUCGCGGGCUUCCUUGGGGCCGCAUGGACAGCCAGCAAAGUCUCCCGACUGUUGGGGAUUUCCUCCAUCGUCCUGGAGAUCACCGUCGGAGUUGCUCUUGGCCCCAGGGGUUUCGGCUUGGUCGAUCCUGUCUACACCGUUUGCGAGACCAAGCGAGUUGAUGACUGCACUGCGCCAGACGAUUUGGAAGAUCACAUCGCGCAUGGACUGUCUUUGGGACCGACAUUGGGAAGAAUUGCCGGGUUGGGCGUCUGCAAUCCUGCUGACUAUUCUCAUGGAGACCAUGGCCAUGGCAGCCACGGCAGCGGCUUGUUCAACAUGACCGUUGACUAUGUUGGCGGGGCACAGCCCAUGGAGGAUGCGCAUGCGUCCGACGACCACAGCGAUGGAGAACACAGCAGCGAGCAUGCAGCUGAAGUGCCCAUGGACGACGGAAGCCAUUCAGCAGGCCACUCGGACAGCCACGCCAGCGACAGCCACGCCAGCGACAGCCACGCCAGCGACAGCCAUGCCAGCGACAGCCACGCAA